AUGACGGAGACUGAGAGCGCCCCAGCCGCCGCUCCUCCAGCGGAGGCCGCCGCCAAGAAGAGGCCGGCUAAGAAGGCGUCAGCCGGAGGAGGAGCCAAGAAAGGCAUCAAGAAGGCGUCCGGUCCUGCCGUGUCUGAGCUCCUCGUCCAAGCCGUGUCCGCUUCCAAGGAGCGCAGCGGGGUGUCCCUGGCCGCCCUGAAGAAGGUCCUGUCCGCCGGAGGAUACGAUGUGGACAAGAACAAGAGCCGCCUGAAGAUCGCCCUCAAGGCGCUGGUGACUAAGGGGAGCCUCGUCCAGGUCAAAGGCCAUGGGGCCUCCGGAUCGUUCAAGAUCAACAAGAAGCAGCCCGACGCCAAGAGUCCCAAGAAGGCCGCCAAGUCCCCCAAGAAGAAGGCGGCCAGCAAAUCAUCCACCUCAGCCAAGAGCCCCAAGAAGAAGCCGGCCGCCAAGAGACCAGCAAAGGCUGCCGCCAAGAAGGUGACCAAGAGCCCCAAGAAGAGCAAAGCUGCAGCCAAGCCGAAAAAAGGCGCCAAGAGUCCCGCUAAGGCCAAGCCGGCAGCUAAGAAGGCGGCUAAGCCCAAGAAGGCCGCUCCGAAGAAGUAA